GUACUCAGUAUUUUAGAGAACAAUAUCUUCAAUGGCAUAUGAAACAAUUUGAUCAUAAAAAAGUUGUAUAUGCAUGUAGUAAAAAUCAAGUUAAUAUUAUAUCUAGUAUACAUCAAUAUGCUGAAUCUAAUCAAUUACAAACAAUGAGAAAAAUGAUGAAUAUUUACUUUCUUGUAAAGCAUAAUAUUGCUAUACUUAAUUUUGAGGAUCUAUGUCUUCUUAUUGAGUUACAAAUUCAAAAUUCUAAUGAAAAUAUUAUUUCGGGUGGUGCAAAUCUUUGA